GUAAUGGUCGAGAAGAGUAUGCUGGUAUAUUUAGAGGAUGUGCAAUAUGUAUCGGAUAGAGCAAUAAUUAUCUCUUUCAAGUUCAAAACAAAAAGGCUGAAAAUACUACAAGUUUAUGCUCCACAAGUAGGAUGUACCGACGACGAAAAAGAGAGAUUUGAAGAAGAGUUGGAAAGUAAUUUGCACAACGUCGGAGUAGUGAUGGGAGAUUUCAAUGCGCAUGUGGGUAGUAGCAGGGCAGGUUAUGAAGAGGUUAUAGGAUGUUUCAGUUAUGGUACACGGAAUGAGGAAGGAGAAAAACUUCUUGAUUUAUGCCAAAGGAACGGCAUGAGAGUUGCAAACACUUGGUACAAGAAAAGAGAAAGCCAUAUGAUAACUAGGUAUAGCUGGGAUGGAAGAAAUAAGAGUGUAGUUGACUAUUUCCUAGUGGACCGGGAAUGGGGGAGAAAUUUAACAAAUGUUAAAGUGAUACCAAGUGUGAGCAUGGAUGGCGACCACAGAUUGCUUGUGGCACAGUGGAAAUGCAACGAAAUGGAAAGACCAAAACAGCAGAAAAGACAAUGUAGAAUAAGGGAAUGGAAGUUGAAGGAGAGGGAUAGAGCUGAAGAAUACAGACGGUUGAUAGCAAUAGAAAUGCCCAGGAGUGAGAAUGGAGAAGUGGAGGAGGAGUGGAUGCAAUUCAAACGAGCUUUGGUAAAUACAGCGGAGAAAGUAUGUGACAGGACAUCCGGGAAAAUUAAAGAUAAGGAACCGGUAUGGUGGAAUGCACGUACGAUUGAGGCUGUCAAAAAUAAGAACACAGCCUGGAGAAAAUGGUGGAGAACCAAGAUAGAGGAGGACAGAGAUGCAUAUAAUAAUGAAAAGAGAAAGUGUAAAAAAGUUAUUGAAGAAGAAAAAGAAAAUGCAUGGGAAGGUUUUGUAAAUAAAUUGAGAGAUGACGUGAAAGGAAAUAGUAAAAUGUUUUAUAGGAUAAUGAAAAAUAAGAAGAAGAAGAAUGAGAUGCCACAAAGAAGGAGAAAUAGAGGAAGAAGGAAACAACCAGUGGGAGACAAACCAGGGUAAUAUCAGCUGGAAGGAAAUGGAAGAUGCAAUUCAGAGAAUGAGCAGUGGAAAGGCACCCG